CGCCAGCAAGCUGACCUGUUGGAAAUGUUGCGAGCAGUCUAUUACAUCUGAGCGGUGCCCUCUACGUUGAGUGGAAAAAAGUGGACUCAAAAGUCGUGCCGGGAAAUUAGGAAAACGAGGAGAGGGUUGGAUACUUCUUACAUAACCGAUUCACUUCUUUGAAGCAAGAAAUUCCCUGGCUAGGGCAGGAGCUGCCAUGCCAUUUGGUUGUCUGACGCUCGGGGAGAAGAAGGAUUACAACAAUCCCGCUGAAGUCAGCGACAAAUAUGACCUGGGACAAGUCGUUAAAACAGAGGAGUUUUGCGAGAUAUUCCGGGCGAAGGAUAGGAACACGCUGAAAAUGUACACCUGCAAAAAGUUCAACAAAAAGGAUGGCAGGAAUGUGAGGAAAGCAGCCAAGAAUGAAAUAAUGAUCCUAAAGAUGAUAAAGCAUCAUAAUAUCCUCCAGAUGGUUGAUGCUUUUGAAACAAAGAAAGAGUACUUCAUCUUCCUGGAACUAGCAACAGGGAGGGAGGUAUUUGACUGGAUCUUAGAUCAGGGCUACUAUUCAGAGAGGGACACCAGCAAUGUGAUGAGGCAAGUGCUGGAGGCAGUAGCAUACUUGCACUCUCUGAAUAUCGUCCACAGAAAUCUAAAGCUGGAGAACUUAGUGUACUUCAACCGCUUGAAACAUUCCAAAAUUGUUAUCAGUGAUUUCCAGCUUGCAAAACUGGAAAACAGACACAUUAAAGAUCCAUGCGGGACUCCAGAGUAUCUAGCUCCUGAGGUUGUUGGCAGGCAGAGAUAUGGAAGACCUGUGGAUUGCUGGGCCAUAGGGGUCAUCAUGUACAUACUCUUGUCUGGGAACCCUCCUUUUUACGAUGACACAGACGAAGACGAUCCCGACAAUCGAGACAAGAACCUUUUCCUCAAGAUUUUGUCGGGCGACUACGAAUUUGACUCACCGUAUUGGGAUGAUAUUUCUGAUUCUGCCAAAACCUUAGUGGCGUCUUUGAUGGAGGUGGACCAAGACCAGCGGCUGACUGCACAGGAGGCUAUUGCCCAUGAAUGGAUUUCUGGGAAUGCUGCUUCGGAUAAGAACAUCAAAGAUGGUGUUUGUGCACAAAUAGAAAAGAACUUUGCAAAAGCCAAGUGGAAGAAAGCUGUCAGAGUCACCACCCUCAUGAAGAGACUCCGAGCAUCCGAACAGGGGGAUUCGGGAGCCUCCGGAGUUGAUUCCGGAGCACCCGCAGGCACCGUUGCUGCUCCACUAGCGGCUGCGGGUGGCCUCGGCCUUGCCGCCAACUUAAAGGCAGCUCUUAACGCAAACGCGGCCGACACACAGACUCCCACCAAGCCCGCGGACCCUCAGCCGAGCACAGCCAGAGUGGAGGAGAUGCCGGAAGAAGGGUGCAACGGUGAUAUUCUGUAAAGAAAUGAAGGAGCUGGGAUUAACGUACACAAAGACGAAGAUUCAUGACUAAUGAGCACAUGAGCAGUACAGUCAAUAUGAUUGGCAUAACUUUGUGGUGUUUAUGUUGUCCAACAAUCCGCUGAUUUAUCCUGUUGAGUAUUUCAUUCAUUUUGCCUUCUGUACUGAUUGUUCUGUAGUAUUUGACACUCUUCUUACUUUGUGUGCAGGUCCCUUUAAAAAAAUACAUUUAGUUUAAAGUAGCUCCACUUUUGUGCCCCCUGCCCGACUAAUUGUACAAAUGAAAAGUGUAAUUUAGUGAAAUCAACUUCAUCUUUAGUCAUCAACGGACUGUGUGUAUUUGUAAAUAGCGUACAUUUGUUUCAAUGCAAUGUCUAGUGGUAGGCUUCCAAUUACAAUUCAUGCCAUAGAGGUUUUAUUUCAAAAGACUUUAUCUAAAUUAAUACGUAAGAAACCUAAUAAUAAGAUUGUUCGAAUUUCUCAUAUGUUUGUUUUUCUGUGUCAAAAGUCAGCUUGGCUCAGUGUAAUCAUUACACAAUGCAGCUUGUAACGGUUCAUUUUAUUUAUUGGUCAGUAAUUACGUAGUUAGAAACAUGUAUUGUUUUUUGUUUUCUCUUUUCUAAUAUUUCUGGAUAAUUAAAGAUGCUACGGGUCAAUAUGACCCAGGAAAAGGAGGGCAUUAAAUUAUAUCAGUUGAUUCAGUUUAUGCAAGUCAAAUCUAUCCUUGUUAUGUGUUGCCAUAACAACCAGACACCUGUUUAUGUGGCCUUGUGGGUCUCAAGGCUGGAACGGGAAGGCAGGACAAUUGUGUCUAGAAAUACAAUGAGUAGAAAAAAAAAUACAAUAAUAAUACAGACAAUAAGACAGACAAUACAAUUUCAAUUGCAAUUAUGUCAAAUUAGUAUAUGCCCUAUUCACUUGUGUUUGACCGUAGCUGCAAUGAGAAAUAUUUGUAACAAUGACAGCAAGAAAGCUUUUUUUUCCCUUUCAGUUAAAGUGCCUUAAUAUUGUUUGCAGUAAGGAUAUGUUUCAGAAGAAACAGCUCCAUUUAAAUAACCUAUUUAUUAUUUCUUUGAAAUGUUUUUAGCUGCUGCACUUGCUCUUCUUCUUUAGAGUCGUUCAGACCGCUUUUUUAAUAAAUAUUGAAUUCCCUCCAUUUUACCAAUGUUACAGGGGCCAAACCGAAAAGAAAAAAAAUACACCAUGAGAUUAACAUCUUAAUCUAACAAAAACAAAUUACAUAUAUUUGAGGAAAGGUUUUGUAUAUUUUUUAGAUUAAAAGUCAUAUAAUAUGCAGAAAAGAUUGUGGUAAAAAAUUUGCGAGUCAACAUUUUUUAAUAUUGGUAUAUUUUCAAAACAAAAAAAUAUUGUUUUGUUUUUUUACAAUAAAUACGUAUGUAGUUUCAUGAGAAUAAAGUCAUUUCUUUUUCAUCUAAAGAUUAAUAUUUUUAAGGGGGUAAGGGUACAUUUCUGAGACAGUUGUAUAUGUUUAGAAUAAGUCAUAAUUAAAGUAUUUUUAAUUGGAUAUAUAUUUAGAAUCUAGUCACACUCCCAUGAAAAUGAAAUGAAAUACCAAUUAUUCUGGCAAAUCAAGAUAAGUUAACAGCAGUAUUUAUCAAAGGUCCGCUGAUAUCCUUCCUUUGCUUCCCAUUGUAAAAGCACAACAGCAUUCGUAAUAUUGUGACUUUAAUCUAAAAAAUAUGCACUACUUUUUUUUUUAUUUUAAAAUUACCACUUUUUUCUACAAAUACUGUGAACAAUUCUA